CUGUUGGGGAAAUGGGUCCGACCUUCCGAGCACCAUACCGGCUCAGCCCUACGGAGUUGACUGACAUGAAAAAACAGAUCGAGUAUCUCCUCGCCAAAGGACUCAUCCGACCAUCCACUUUGCCAUACGGUGCCCCAGUUCUCUUCACACCGAAACCGGACGGAAGCCUGCGCAUGUGCAUCGAUUACCGAGCUCUCAACAAGCAGACCAUCAAGAAUAAAUAUCCGAUACCACGAAUCGAUGACCUGCUUGAUCAGCUUCGGGGAGCUACGGUAUUUUCCAAACUGGAUCUGCGGUCCGGAUACUGGCAGAUACGAAUGGCGGACAGAUCCAUCCACAAAACUGCUUUCCGAACUCGGUACGGAUCAUACGAGUAUUUGGUCAUGCCGUUCGGACUCACCAACGCAUCGGCAACGUUCCAAGCCGAGAUGAACCACAUUCUACGCCCACUUUUGGACGAAUGCGUGGUGGUGUACCUGGACGACAUCCUCAUCUACUCUCGCGACAUGAAACAGCACGUCGAACAGGUGCGACGCAUCUUCGAGAUUCUUCGACGGGAACGGUUCUACGUCAAACUGUCCAAGAGCGAAUUCGCCCUUGAGAAAGUCGAGUUCCUAGGACACGUGGUUAGCGCUCAAGGAGUUCAUGUCGACCCCAAGAAAAUCGAAGCCGUACGUACGUGGAAGACACCCGAGAACGUAAAGGAGUUGCAGCAAUUCCUAGGCUUCGCUAAUUACUACAACAGGUUCGUACCACAGUAUGCGAAACUUGCAGCACCACUCACGAAUCUGCUGAAGAAGAACACACCCGACAAAUGGGAGCCGAAGCACCAGGAAGCCAUGGAGCAGCUGAAACAAGCACUCACGUCCGCACCAGUGCUCAUCUUGCCAGAUCCUGAACGCGACUACGUUAUCGAAGCUGACGCCAGCGACGAGGCAAUGGGAGCAGUCUUGAUGCAAGACCAGGGGAAUGGACUGCAACCAAUCGCCUACCUGAGUAAGAAACUACACGGGGCAGAACUAAACUACCCGAUACAUGACAAAGAGGCCCUUGCCAUCGUCAUCGCUUUCAAAGCGUGGAGAUGUUAUCUCGAAGGACGAAGAACGACCGUCUACACCGACUACUGCAGCCUGAAAUAUUUGAAGACACAACUCAACCUUUCCAGGCGACAGGUCCGGUGGAUCGACUUCCUCGAGACGCACUUCCACUACGACAUCGUGUACAAGCCAGGCCACAAAAACAAAGCAGAUGCCCUUAGCCGGCCCACACACGUUGCCACCAUUCAGGACGUCAAGCAAACCAGCACCGGAUUCCUGGCGAUAGCAACAGAGGUGGAAACCGACGGAGAGAAGACCUCGGAACCUCCAGGAAAAAUAAAGGAAUUACUGAAGGAGUUCGAAGACAUUCUCCCUGACGACCUCCCGGGCGAGCUAUCGCCAUACCGAACGCACCAGCAUGAGAUCGUGGAGGAACCAGGUUCGAAGCCAACCUUCCGAGCACCAUAUCGAUUCAGCCCCACAGAGCUAGCCGACAUGAAGAAGCAAAUCGAGUAUCUCCUCGCCAAGGGACUCAUCCGACCAUCCACUUCACCAUACGGUGCCCCAGUACUCUUCACACCAAAACCGGACGGAAGCCUGCGCAUGUGCAUCGACUACCGAGCUCUCAACAAGCAGACCAUCAAGAACAAGUACCCGAUUCCACGAAUCGAUGAUCUGCUCGACCAGCUUCGGGGAGCCACGGUAUUUUCAAAAUUAGAUCUGCGGUCCAGAUACUGGCAGAUAAGAAUGGCGGACGAUUACGUUCACAAAACGGCCUUCCGAACUCGGUACGGAUCGUACGAGUAUCUGGUGAUGCCGUUCGGACUCACCACCGCACCUGCAACGUUCCAAGCAGAGAUGAAUCACAUCCUAUGCCCACUCUUGGACGAAUGCGUGGUGGUGUACCUGGACGACAUCCUCGUCACUCGCGCGACAUGCAACAACACGUCGAACACUUACGACGCGUCUUCGAGAUUCUUCGACGAGAACGCUUCUACGUCAAACUAUCCACGUGCGACUUCGCCCUCGAGCAAGUCCAAUUUCUCGGACAUAUCGUACGCGCUCAAGGAGUUCACGUCGACCCCAAGAAAAUCAAAGCCGUGCGUACGUGGAAGACACCCGAGAAUAAAAGCGACAUCUGCUACAGACCACAAGAUCGAGCUGGAGCCCGGCGCGCAACCUACUGUACGCACGCAAUGGCGCCUGACUCAACCGGAGCUACAACAAUUACGGAACCAGCUGGACUACCUGCUAGUGAAGGGGUUCAUUCGGCCGAGCACGUCACCGUUCGCAGCACCGAUCCUGUUCACACCAAAAAAGGACGGCAGACUUCGCAUGUGUAUGGACUAUCGUGCCCUUAAUCGGGUAACGAUAAAAUCACGCUACCCAAUCCCACACACGGACGAAAUGAUCGACAACCUUCGCGGAGCUCGCUAUUUUUCGAAGAUGGAUCUUCGCAGUGGUUACCAUCAAAUUCGGGUGUUCGCUGACGACUGCCAUAAGACCGCGUUUCGUACUCGCUACGGGAAUUACGAAUACACGGUGAUGCCGUUUGGAUUAACGAAUGCCCCCUCGACGUUCCAAUUCACCAUGAACGGGGUGUUCCGCGAUCUACUCGACAAAUGCGUGAUAAUUUACCUGGACGACAUCCUGAUCUACAGCAAGACCCGGGAGCAACAUUUAAAGGAUUUGGACGCGGUUUUUCAGCGGUUGCAGCAGCAUCGUCUCAUCACCAAGGGCUCCAAGUGCGAGUUUUUACAACAAGAACUGGAGUUCCUGGGGCACGUGAUCUACACGGAGGGGAUUUGGAUAGACCCGAAAAAACUAUGGGCUAUUCAGGAAUGGAAAACACCAACAAAUCUGCAGCAGCUGCAAUCAUUUCUGGGUUUCGUGAAUUAAGUGCGGCGGUUUAUACCCAACAUGGCG